GGUGAUCGGCUUCCUUCGCCGGCACCCCAACAUACUGAUACUAUGUGUGCGUCGCCCCCCGGGGGCGACGCCCGCACCGAGAACUCUUACAGUACCUUCGUCGUGUCGGGCGCUUUCUGGCCGUACCGCUCGGGAAACGAUAGACUACAAGAUGAUUCUACUAUCUGUUCGGGUUGGACAAGCGCCUCCGAGGACAUACCUGAUUAUCAGGUGAUCCAGCAGUCCCUGGCGCUGGUUGAGAAGCUCCGCGAGCUACGCGCAGACGAUCAGGCGGUGAACCUGCUUACCGCCGACGGGGAGCCCACAGGGCGUCCUACAAACCUGUCCGCGACCAGGCUACCCUAUUUCAAGACCAAGAUCGAGGUCCGCCCAGUAUUCGACCAGACUGUGUACACGAGGGCAUCCCUGAAGAGCGGGCCCACAAAGAGAUUUCAAGCCUUCCCGAAGCUCGGCGUCUAUCAACCUUAUCUGUAUCUCUCGGAUUUCUGGCUGCUGGAAAAGGACUACCUACUGCUGGACUCGACGCUGAAGGGCACAGCUUUCAACCUGACCUUGACCUACAGUGCAGCGAGCAUGUUGGCUUACGCAUCUCAGACGCAGAUGACGGAGCAGUGGGCGGUGAAAUCUGAGUGGGGUCUAACAGACACGCAGAGAGAUUCUUUUAUGGUCAAGAGGCUGAUCAUAGAAACUAAUCCAUAUUUUCUUGCAUUUAGCGCCUGUUUCAUAUUGCUUCACAUUGUUUUCCAGACACUCGCGUUCAAGAACGACAUACAGUUCUGGAGGAAAAACGAAUCGAUGGAGGGCCUUUCGGCACGUACCGAGAUAGUCUCCUUUGUAUGUCGGCUGGUCAUGACUCUAUACCUUUUAGAUUCAAAGGAGGCGUCACGCUUAGUAAUAUUCCCAGUAAUUCUAGACUUGGUGCUGGGUGUUUGGAGACUGCGGAAGGCAGUGAAGCUCGAACUGAAACUUUCGUUCCCUUUCAUUUCUUUUGGGAAUCAGCCUGGGUACGAGAACUCCGGGACCAGCAAGUAUGAUGACGAGGCAACCUAUUACAUGUUGGCCAUGAUGGCCCCGGCUUUCUUGGGAUACGUCGUCCGAUCGGCAAUACAUGGUAGGCACCGCAGCUGGUAUUCUUUCCUCGUGGGGUCGGCAGCUGGCGGCGUGUACACCUUUGGCUUCAUCAUGAUGACCCCUCAGCUCUACAUCAACUACAGGCUGAAGUCCGUGGAGCGCCUGCCGUGGCGGGCCAUGACGUACAAGGCGAUGAACACGUUCGUCGACGACAUAUCCGCGUUCCUCAUCGACAUGCCGAUGAUGCACAGGGUAAGCUGCUUCCGAGACGACGUAAUCUUCUUCAUCUACCUCUAUCAGCGGUGGACGUACAGGGUCGACAAGACCCGCCCGUCGCAGUGGGUGCGGGAGGAGGAGCCAGCCGCAGACGCGGUGGCGCCCCUGGGCGUGGACCCGCCCGCGGCGCCGCGGGCGCCCGACCAGGACCCUGGCGUCCGAUGCCCUUAA